GUCACUGUGUUGAGCGUGUAAGCUGGGGGACUUUUAUUUUUGACAUAAUAAAUAGUACCAGUGCACGGUAUAGGGUGAUAUGUCGGUGAGUGUGUGUGUUUCUAGCAUAGCCAGCGGAGUGGUACUGUAUGCAGGCAUAGACCCAAUAGUGUGGGAAAGCUAAAAACCCCUGUGGUGUUUGCCCGGGCUCUGGAUCGUGGCUAUGAUCAUCCAAGGACAGAGGUUUAUCCAUGAUUGAGAAGUGAAAAGGCCCCCUAGAACCCCAUCAAUGUGACAUCAUCCACGUUGGGUGUACUGUCUUCUCAUGGUGUUUCUGCAUGCAGGAGGACCAGUUACUCAAGUCCACUUCAGAGUCUUACCGUCUUCAUGCAUUCUUCAAACUUCUUGCCACGGUUAGUUUUACUGUUAGCGCUCGCUGUGCUCUGUGUGUCGCGGAGUCGCAGUCUAUCAUCAGCUGUUCCCACUCUGUAAGACCUCUGCGGUGUACCAAGCCUUAACGAGCCGAACUUCUAGGAUUGGGCAGAUCAGGAGUGCCCAAGUCGUUCCUCAGCCGACACACGCUGUGUGUUUGCUUAAACCAAACGUGACAUUGCUUUUCAAGAGGAACGGUACUUUGACCCUGACCUUGACCUAGUGACACACCUUAGCGGGGUUGGAAGCUUGUUGGAGCCAGGCCGUUUGGUAAGUCUGUUCCACUCUGCAGAAGUCUAGGCGAGCAUCACAGUCAUAGUUUUAAACAACCAUUCGUCACAUUUGUCAUUCUGGAAGCCAGCCUGUCUGCUAGCCUGCUGGCCAGUCUCGCUAAGUCUUUUUCAUUGCCUCGUCCAACAGUCGACAGGACUAAACUUGUUAUUCUGCACUCCAAGUGACUUUUCCCGCUUUCUCCUUCACCGGUCUGACUUCACGCUUGAAAUCAGUCUACAUUUUGCGCAUCGCCACAUUCAUUUGCAGUCACAACUUCAGACAAGUGCAUCUGUAGACACGUGCAAAUUUUCACACAAGUUACUUGCCACUCAUCCUCAGAAACGAAACAUUCAGCACUAGUCGUACCGGUAGCAUUUUCACAAUCAGAUCUUACGUCAUCCAGAACGUUGAGGUUUUUUUUGGAGUGUUCCUGAAGCAUUCCAUUCCAUCUUAGGAAUCAGCUACAUGAAGCUACAUGUACCUUUUUACGCCUAGAACUUCAAAAGCAUCGCUGAAUCCCCAGGUAGGUAAAGAACAGCAUUAGUUGUGCAUGACCUUUCAACCAAUAAAGACGACAGCAUUUUCUACAAGUUCAAGGUCCCGAUUAUUACCCAACAUUGAACACCGACAGACAGGACUAACACAGAAGUAAGAAGAGGAAGGACGGCCAGAAAAUCCAGCGCCACAGAUUUCGUGACUCUGCUCAUGUUUGCAGCCUGAACCAGAUACCUUACCCCUGGAGCACGAACUAAUUAUCUCUAGAGGAGGUCUCCUCUCCAACGAUUACCCAGAUUGCCCCCAAGCCAAAGAAGCAUUACAGAUCACCUGUGCAUUGUUCAGAAGGAAAGCCACGGCGGACACGACUGCAUACUGUGGCCAUUUUGGAGCAUUUUUAACUGUUUGACGGGUGCUUGAGAGAUAGGUUAGUAAGACUCGGGGAAGGAACCGACGUGAUCGAGGGAAGAAAAAAACUGGACGGAGAGAAAUACAUAACAGCAGGACUUCAUAUUGAGCUUGCGUCAUCGACUGGGAGCCCCACUGUGGAGUGCCAUGCAUUAGUAGUCUCUGGCUAACCGAGGGAAGAACAGAGACUGUGGAAUACGGUAAACAAGAGCCUCUUCAGCUGCAACCACAUCUAUAUCAGGAUUGCAGAAAGAGAUUCGUGGUCGCACUGAAUCCAGUGUGAACCAGACACCUUUAUUACAAAAAAAAGUCAGGGCUCAAAACAGUUCUGUGACUGGUAAUGUGAUGACAAGUUGAAUUCUGAUAAUAGCAACAACUGAACUUGAACGAGACAGUUUGACAAAUUUUGAAGCGUCCUCAGAAACAGGACACAUUUUUGAAGGGUCUACCCGACGCGGUCAUUUCACUUUCACAAUAUUACCAAGAGUAGGACCGAUGACAGUCGUUUAAUCAGAGAACAGACGAUAUGUUGGCCUCUACAUCACUGACGCAGCACAUUAAAGGUCUAGCGAUAGUUCACUCCAGCGGGAAGGCUAUCCCUAUUUCUAUGGAGUACACCGUGCCGGCGUACAUGCGCACCGGCGGUCCCGCCAGUGGGGCUAGUUCCAGCAGCGACGAAUAUGGUCAAGACAUGGACACUUCCGAUCCCAACGGGAAGAAAUCCCCUCGAAGCUCGGGAUGGGAUCAAAUGCAAUCAGAUGACGAUUCGGGGUCGAAUUCGGUCAUCGUGAAGCGCGAACCACCGGACGACGGUUAUGAUAUGUCCCCUCAGUAUAGCAGCCAAUACACACCCACCAGUUCUAUCGGUAGUACAUCCAGCUCAGGGACACACAUCAAGGAACAGAUUCCAGACGGAGGCUUUAGCUUGAGCAAGAAACGGAAAGGACCCGCACCCAGGAUGGAUCUAGAGUUGUGUUUGGUCUGCGGGGAUAGGGCAUCAGGGUUUCAUUACAAUGCACUCAGUUGUGAAGGCUGUAAAGGUUUCUUUAGAAGGAGUAUAACAAAGAACGCCAUCUACAAAUGCACGCGAGGCGGCAACUGCGAGAUGGACAUGUAUAUGCGGCGGAAAUGCCAAGAAUGUAGGCUACGAAAGUGUCGGGAGGUCGGCAUGUUACCAGAAUGUUUGUUAACAGAAGAACAAUGCAAGUCCAAGCGGCAACGCAAGAUGAUGCGUAAGGCCCAGGCCCAAGCCGGCAUGAGCCCGCAACAGAGCGAAGACGAAAGCCCGAUGCUCACCGACGAACAACGGGAUAUUAUUGAGAGGCUGGUGACGGCCCAUAAGGAUCUAGAAGUCCCAGGGCCAGAAGAUCUCAAGAGUUUAACGCCAUGGAUGGAAGAACAAAACAAAGACGAUUUGACCCAGGCAUGCCUUGCAGAAUGUUCCUUUGGAAGUAAAUUUAGGCCAGUGCCACCCAAGAAGAAAGAGAAAGAGACAAACGCUGAAGAGGGAGGGUCGAGCGCCGAGGAGGAAUCGGCGGAUGAAAUCCAGCUUCGAUUUGCUCACAUCACAGAGCUGACGAUCCUAACCAUUCAGCUGAUUGUAGAGUUCAGCAAGAGAAUACCUGACUUCCUAGGGUUGGGAAGAGAAGACCAGAUCGUCUUACUAAAGGGUUCAGCCAUUGAGGUAAUGCUGCUUAGGACGGCGCUGCGAUACGACAAGGAACAAGACGCUAUCAUGUUUGGCAACGAGCAACCUUACACCCGUAAGCAGCUCCAGGAAGGAGGGAUAGGCGACCUCGUGGAUCCAAUGUAUAACUUUGCCAAGAGUAUGUCGGAACUUGACCUGGAUUACGCCGAGUAUGUCCUGCUGAUGGCCAUCACAAUACUCUCCUCAGAUCGGCCGAGCGUAGAGGACCGGGAAAAAGUAGAAGAAGCCCAGGAGAAAUACUUGGACAUGCUGACGGCUUACCUGAAGCUACGGAGGCCUAAAGAGACCCUCAUCCUUCCCAAAGUCCUCAUGAAACUCACCGAACUCCGCUCCCUCAACAACAGCCACUCAGAGUUGCUGUUCCAACUCAAGCUGAAAGAUCAGCGAAUUCCACCGCUAUUGAAAGAGAUUUGGGACGUGCAGUAACGGAUACUGUGGGGAUUGGGGUGGGGAAUAGGGUGGUGGGGGUGUAUGUAGGGGACCAGGACUCUAUAAGACUUUCUGUAAAGGGAACCAGUUAUGUGGAUACCAGUCAAGCGUAGAAAUGUAGAGAUAUCUUCAGUUAAUUCUAACCAGUGGAACUGACGGACGAGCAUGUGAUCAUGUGACAUGUGAUCAUGUGACACUAACUGGCCAAUCAUUGUGGAUGUCAACGUGAAAUGCAGCUAUGCGGGAAAAACUGAAAACAGGAACGGUUCCAAGUUUUCCACUGUGUUCCUUCCAUCUGGCAGCCAGUGACACGUGCACAAACGGGACUCGCAAUUUUUUUCAUCGACAUUCUCCAGACAUGGUUUUGACGCGAAGGCUGAAUUUGUGUUAUUCUGCAAGUUUGCAGGACUCGCAACAUGCGCAAGAGAUGUGAGCAACUAUUCUUUUUUAUAUGUAAAGAGAUCAACUCUAUAGAGGGAGCCCUUUUCAACUGGAUCCAUACGUAUAUACAAUGCACUUUAAGUAGUGCCGUUUGGGGAGACAAUGCACACAGUGAUAUUAAUGAAGCUUGGGCUAGACAUCACAGACCACCUGAGGGCGCCAGACUGAACUUCCAGUGAUCUUUCUCCAAGAUAGAGGGCGCCAGACACCCUUUGCCCUUGGCUGGUAGGAAUCAGUGUGAUCCGAGUGACACACGUUGAGCCUGUGGUUGACCAUAUUUGACCACCAGAGGGCGCCAGACACAUAGUUGCAUCAAGUACAUCAGCUACCCCCCAAGGGGCACAUGGUAGCCCCGCCCACAUGCAGGAGCCACUCGUUUGAAUGCUGCACUACUCAUCACAGCUGUCUGCAUAGUGUGGAUUACGACCACCGUCCGAUCACUUGUGAACCGAGAUUAAAUCCCCCGCAAAACCCAGCUGGCCUGGAACCCAGUCCCGGGUUCGAAUCCUUCCCGAGGCAAUAAAAACCAUUCCUGAACAGUUCACAUUGAUGAGGUCUCUACCAAAGACUUGAAAUCAAAGAGUUCAGUUGUCCUGACUUGCACAUCAAUAGAGGGCGCUAAUCAUAAAAAUGACAGUUCCCAAAUCUGGAGGUUAAACCUCAGCACAGUAGUGAUUCACAGUUUUAAUAUGCAACCUAGUUUUAGUAACAGAGCAGAAGAGUUUGAAUGUCUUGGUGUGGUAAUAGUAAUUAUAAUAAGAUUCUAAUAACUUUUCCUUUUUUUAUUUGAAUUGAUUCAUUUGCUGUGGUCGGGCUCUUAAGACUUGUACAUAAUUGAAUGAAUUUUUAAAAAUCAUUACAGCCACAGAAUCUAAGUUUAAAAAAAAAUGAAACAAAUUGUCUCAAAAAAGCCAAUAUUUGACAAAUACUAAUAAUGUGGGCGGGAAUCAAAAAUUAUGUAAGAUAAAUGUUCCCCCUUUUUUUUUUUAAGACAGAUUUUUAGAUCCAGUGCCAAACGUAGUCUAAGUUAUAUUUUAAACCAAUGGGUGGUUUUUAUAUAGAGGGUUUUUUUUUUUCGACGUCGCUGUUCAAUUCUUGCAAAUUUUUCUAGAGUAGAAGCACCUAUGCACUUUCUUACAAAAAAAAUAAUUGUACCUGAAUUCUCCUCACGAUUGUCGAUGAGGAAUUGUCUAAAUUAUUGCAAAUGAAGAGUGUCCAGUUGUAUAUUGUUUUUUAUCCAAAUUAACAGCAAUAUAUCGAUAUUAUUUACUGAAACACUAUUACAAAACAAAAAAAAUACCCCUGCACAAACUCUAGGUGACUGGGGAUCUUUUACUAGAAAAUGUAGUGUCCGGGUCCCUCCCGUAUAUUUAAUUUUGUUUUUUAUUCCAUUUGGUGAAAAGGUUAAGAAUUGUUGAAAUGUGCCACUUUUGGCCAGUUUGGGACUGUAGUCUGCUGAUGCUGCUGAACAGAAUUGCUGCCUAUGGUUGAAACAAUUUGUGUAGUCUUCAUGUUUGUCUCUUGUGCAGAUCUGAUCUGUGCGCAGUGAGGCAUUUGAGGGAGCAAAACAGGACGCAUUCUAGGUUUUUUUCAGAACUUAUGCUUCAUUUUAAUUGCCAUUUUCAAACUGAUUGAAAAACGCUAGUGGGCUUGUCCUGAAGUACUUGGCUACGACUUGCCAAUACACAUGUGUUUGUGGAAGCGGCUUACUCCACCCCCCAUAGACGUAUGUAUUACGACAAGCCGUAGCCGAGAAAUUAAAGCGAGUUAUGCCUGCAAACGCUCGCAGUGUGCACAGAUCAGACUGUACCCAUGUCCAUUGUUUUUGGAUAGAGUUAUCAGAUUGUUUUAUUUUCGUAAUUUGUGUGUUGGCAAUGGAUUGCUUACAUGUGCACAGGCAAUCGUGUUGGGAUAAAACAUGUUUUACUGCAUGUAGAUUGAAGGCAUUGUGUGUGUAUAUAUAAUCUCAACAAUGGGACCGUCAAUUUCUUUUUUUUCUCUCUUCUUUUUUGUGCCAUGUUUAAUUCCAGCAGUUGAUUUUAUGUAGACCAUUCUGUUACAAUGUAGAGCUUAACCUAAAUUUCUACUACAAAUGAUUUUUGGAGACUUUGGAGUAUGAAUUUUAAUGGUGCGUGCCACAACGGUCAAAGUUCAUGUGUAGAAUAUUACAUACUUUUACCCCCCCCCUUCCCCCCCCCCAAAAAAAAACCCCAAUACUAUAGUAAUGACUCUAUUAACUCUAAGAUAGGCCAAAGUCAAAAUGGUUUUUCACAUUUCUCCUGUGCUUCCUCGUUUGUUUCUACAUUUUUAUUUUACAAUGCGUCUUGUAAAUAAUUCAUUUUUUUUGUAAACAUUUCUUCAGUUCACUGUUCGAAUUUGGGAGACACACAAUUCCAUGGUGUAAAAACUGCAAUGGUGAUUUCUUUAUUUUUAUGUUUAUGUUCAAUGGGUUGAUCGCCAUUGCAAGGUUUUUUCUUAUUUUGUUUUUAAGAAUUUUAUGCUUGAAAAGAAAACCGUAAGCAGUUAAAGUGACAACUUUUGAACGCUGCUGUAGCUGUUCUGUAUUUUAUUCUCAAGAGUUAAAGACUUUAUUUUAAAUUUUUGAAAAGCACAGAACUUUAGCCUUGUGGCUAAAUACAUUUGACUAAACGCACUUUUUUCCAACUAAAUUCCUGUACCAUGCAUUUUUUACAUUUUACAUUUUUUUUUCAAAAUAGCAAUACAAAACUUGGUUCAAACUUGUUUGAGUUAUUCACAUAAAUGUUUAACAGCACUUGUGGUGAACAAAAUUGGAUACACUGUGCCAAAAUGAAAUGGUAGCAUGGGGGUUUGGAAGAAUUGGAAAAAUUAGAUCUGUCCCAUCACUUUCUUUUCCAACUAGCUCCAAAUAUUUUACUGAACUUCUAAAAAAUAUUAAAGGCCAUAGAAUUAUGUCUGCAUUAAAAUAAAAUCAAUGGGUAUCAUGAAAAAAAAAAUUUUUUUUAACCUGAAGUAGAUUGUAACUAUUACAUAAUUUGAGAUAUAACCAAUUCUUGAAAAAAAAAAGUUUUCAAGAUUGCACCAUGAAGUUCACCACACCAAACGGCUUUGGUGGAACAUUAAUUAAUGUGUACAUUUUUGUUGAACAUUUUUCUACAUUGAGUUACAUUUUCUGUUCUUUUCUGAACAUUAAAAUGAGGCAAAAUGUCUGUAAAUAACGUAAACUUA